UCAUCCUCUUCUUUCUUUAUCUUUCUCUUCACUCCCUUUCUCUCUCUCUCUCUCUCUGCAACUCGCUCUUGUAUGUUGAUGUGAUUCUCCACUAUAUUAUCUCACAAAGAUAAAAAAUAAAAACUCCAUCAACCUUUUACAAAAGAAAGCAAGAAAGAUCAAGAACCAAUAUGGUUUUUUCCUCCAUCCCAGCUGCUUAUCUUGAUCCAGCCAACUGGCAACAACAACUAAAUCACCAAACGGGAGCAAAUAGCGGUGUAAAUACUACUCAUCAGUUUGCUCCUCCUCCUCCUCCACCGCCACCACCUCCACAGCCUCAUGGAAGUGGUGGUGUGGGCUCAAUCCGGCCCGGAUCGAUGGCUGAUCGAGCCCGUAUGGCCAACGUACCGAUGCCGGAAACAGCACUGAAAUGUCCACGAUGUGAAUCAACCAACACUAAAUUUUGCUACUUCAACAACUACAGCCUUUCUCAGCCUCGCCAUUUCUGCAAAACUUGCAGACGUUACUGGACAAGGGGCGGCGCCCUAAGAAAUGUUCCAGUCGGAGGCGGCUGUAGAAGGAAUAAAAGAAGCAAAGGAAGUAGCUCCAAAAGUCCAGUGAGUAAUGAUCGCCCCACCGGUUCUGGUUCCACAAGCACAAUGUCUUCUAAUAGUGGAACCAGUGAUAUGUUAGGCCUCGGCCCGCAGGUUCCACCACUGAGGUUCAUGUCUCCUCUUCAUCAUCUCAGUACUGAAUUUACUGGUGGUCAUGAUAUUGGCUUGAAUUAUGGUUCAAUUUCUGCUCCAAUUGUAGGAGCAACAAAUGACUUGAAUUUUCACAUAGGUAGUGCUUUAGCUAGUGGCGGCAGUGCGGCUACCGGUUCUCUUUUAUCAUCUUUAGGUGGUCUGGAUCAGUGGCGCUUGCAACAAGCUCAGCAAUUUCCAUUUAUGGGUGGCUUAGAUUCUUCUUCUACAGGGUUAUACCCAUUUGAAAGUGGUGUUGAGCCAUCCGGUUAUGGUAAUGCUGGGGGUCAGGUCCGGCCUAAACUUUCUACUUCUGGGGUUAACGUUUCUCAGUUGGCUUCGGUGAAAAUGGAGGACAACAAUGAGAUGAAUUUGUCAAGACAGUUCAUGGGGAUUCAAGGAAAUGAACAAUACUGGAAUACCGGUACUGCAUGGACAGAUCUUUCUAGUUUUAGCUCUUCUUCAACAAGCAAUGCCUUAUAGAUUUGAUCUCUUGCGGUGGGAAUUAACUAGACGGUCGGUGAAGUUUCCCUUUUUUUUUUUUUUUUUUCCAGUGCAGCUUCGACUAAAGAAUAUGAUCAAGACAAAGUUACUUUCGAGUUUCAACUCCAUAGAUGGAUGUUUUCAAAUCCUAAUACUUCAAGAUGGAGAUUGAGGGCUUAGUUUCUUCUAUAUCAACUUUAAACCCUAAUAUUGGUAGGUUUUUUCUGUUAUUUUCCUUUUGAAGUUAGUUUUAGGUUGCAAUGUAUGGUUGUGUUUGGAAUGGUGAGUGAAUGAGAA